ACCAACCAAUCAAAAGGAGCAACACUAUAUUCAAAAGCCAUACACAAAAGUUGUUUGAAUAUAAUUUUUCGGAAGAAAUUGAAUUGGUUAUUGAUUUGAUUAUUGUCUUCUUUUUAAAUUAUUUGGUGCUUUGUAUCUUGAGCAGACAUGUCAAGGAUUUUUGUAGAUCAGGAGAAUGGAGAUGUGGCAUUAAAUAUUGGCACAUCUCGAAUGCGGCUACAUUCUGCACCAUGUAUGACUGGUAAAAUUGUGGAGAAGUCUAUACGGACUUUGGAAACUGAAGUAUUUAAGCCAAUGACUGGUCCCAAGAAGCAGCAGCUUGGAAAUGUGCGAAAGGCUUUGGGGAACAUAAACUGCCAUCCCAAUGCAAGCAGGGUCAAACCAGAAAUUCCAGUUUCUAAGGCAAAAAGUAUCCAGACAUCUAAAGUUAAGCCUGCUGAAACCAUCCCAGCUGUGCAGGAAAAAGUUAAAGGUGACUGUCUAGAAUAUCCAGACAUUGAGUCAUUUCAUCCUUAUGAUCCUCUGGACUUUGACACCUUUAAUGUUCCUGAUGAACACCGUGUCAGCCACUUGUGUUUUGCAGGGCUGUCCAUACCAGCUGGGUCUGAAAUUGACAGCCUAGAGGAAGUCUCGCCCAUGAACUUUUCACCUAUAAAAUUCACUUAUCCAAUAUGUCAGAGUGAUAUAGAUCCGCUGGAUGUUGAUGUAUCCUCAUUUCUGCAAACAAUAGAUGAGCUAAUAGAAUUGCCUCCAUUGGAAUGUGGUAGUCCAUGAGAAACAGGUGGUUUUGCUUCUUAAAAGGAGUGGAAGGAUGAUGUCCUACAAUCUCCAGAGUUGUUUUUGAAGAUGGAACUGUGCAGAUAGCUCCUAAGUUGCCCCCUUUCCCAAAUUUUAUAAUGUAAAUACUGGGUUUAAUUAUUUAUCAAGUAAAUGUUUUUCUGUAGUUUUGAAGAAUUAAAGAUUUUAUUUGUUGUCUUAGA